GCCGCCGUCGCCGCCGCCGCAGCCGCAGCCGCAGCCUCCGAAGAAACGGCCGCCUCGGCGGACUACACAGCGCCGGGUGAGCAAGCGCAGCCGCUGCAGUACGACGACGCGGAGGCGGACGCCGAAGUGGACAGCCAGGCGGAGGCGGAGUCCGCCGAGGAGGCGGCGGAGGCCGUGCCCGACGCGUCGGAGGUGCGCCCGGAGGCUGUCGCGGCGCCGCCCCCCGCCGUCCAAGAGCCGGUCGGCGCCGGCGGCGACGACGACGACGAUGACGACGACGACGACGACGACGACGACCUGGGCGUCGGCGACCUCGACGAGGACGACGACGACGACGAUGACGACGACGAUGACGAAGACGACGACGAAGACGACGACGACCUGGACGUCACCGACGACGUCAUCGAGGCGAAGAGAUCACGAGCGAUGGAUGGUAACAAUGCUGUUCCACCUAUUUAUAUAACAAAGUACAAUCGUUUUGUGGAUAAUAUCUUAGAUCGAAUAAAUCAGGUUCUGCGGAAGAGUUAUGAUCCAGUUAAUGUACGUUUACAUGCAAACAACAACAGCAAGAAAAAUGGCACAGCAAGUAAUAGUAAUAAAAAGAAAAAUGGCAACAAAAAGAAGAAUAACAGUGUUCGGAGACCAACUAGUGGGCAACGAAAACCACAUAUUACAGGCAGAAAAAGCAACAAUGCAACAGUACCUGAUGAAUCACUGAAAACAUCAGUGGUUGCUGUGUCAGAACAGCUGAAGGACUACCAACAAACUAUCACAGCGACAAUAGAACCAACAAGGUUACAGACCAAUGUACUAGCAAGCACUGUGAGACCAACAUUAAGCAGCCGAGCAAGACCACCUCAGAAGAAAAAGCAACCACAGACAGCACAGAAGGCAGGAAAUAAAACUAACAAUAAGACUAAAUCCAACAGACCUCCAACACGUGCAACUCUCUAUGGCCUUGCUUCCAUAAAACGUGAUGGAGAUGUAACAGUCAAUAUGAUGAGCUCUCACACAACUGUAAAAUCACGCUUCAGUCUGGGACCUCUGAUGCUUAAAGUUGAACGAGAAUUUGGGAGAGGAGCCAAGAAAGACAUUCGUAGUGCUGUUGCCACAACAACAGAAAUGUCCGGAAAAUUAAAUUUAAGGAUAAUGAAUGGUGGCGCAGCAACUCUGCAUUCAAUCAGGGUACUUCAACCAAAACAGGUGCGAGUUGAGAGUGCUGACAACCAUGAUAAGACUCGCGAAUUUAUUUGGCGCCGCUCCAGUCACAUUGCUUAUCUUGUAUCACAGAAGUUAACACGAGCAGCCAAAUCUAUGCUCCAACCACCGCCUACAGUUGUUAAGUCCUGAAAUGAUUAUAAUGAUUCUCUGAAACAAGCAUUGUACCUGCUCACUCAGUGCAAAUGAGGCCUGGUUACAUUAACCAGCUCUAGUGUGUUGCAUUUUAUUUUGUACACUGAAAUCAGUUCAGGACUAAAUGUGUUACAUGUUUCUAUUUAUUUAUUUAUUUAUUGU